AUGGCUGGAAAGAGACCCAUCGCCAUGGAGACUAAGACGACUAAACGGGUGAUAACGGUGGUUCGUCUUCAGGAGACGUGCUGCUGCAGGACGGUGAUCGUAAACAGCAUCGACGUCAUCCAUCCAUUGGAUGGGGCUCUCGUAGCGUAUCAUCACCUCAUCCAUGCCGAACGAACCCUCCCAACUCGGACUAGCCUGUUUGUUCCUGACGCUAGCGCCAGCCCGGCAAUCCCCUGCACGGGAUCCCAUGGAUUCGGGGCUGCCACCUCCUUUUCCUUCCUUCUUCCCACCCCCUCCGUCGUCAUCCUUGACCCAUCCCAAACUCUUGGUUCUGUUGGGUGGGAUCGGAGCUACGGUGUGCUACCGUCUACACCAUUAAAUCAACAAGAAGGAUGA